AUGAUCGCUACAAUUGCGACGCCUAUUGCCAGCUCUCUAUCGGCCGCAUCAAGCUUUUCAUGGAUCACAACAGCCUAUUUUAUCGGCAGCACCCUAUUGCAGGCUAUUAGUGGUCACCUGGCCAACGCGUACGGGCGCCGCAAGGCUCUCGCCGUCAAUUAUGCUCUCUUUUCCCUGGGAAAGUUUUUCUGCGGUCUAGCAACCACGCAUCUGCCUCUGUUCUUGGCGGGCCGCGCCUUACAGGGUAUUGGCGGUGGCGCUAUUGCUUCAAUCACAUCGAGACGGAUCUUAUUCCUGCCCACCAACGUGCCCUCAUUGGAGACUUUGGCUCUAUGCUCUAUGGCUUGUGCCCACCGGCGCCUUGAUAUUGUUGGCAUGACGAUCUUGAUUGUCACAAUUGUGCUGUCGCAAUUCGGACUCAAUCACGGAAGCACCACCUUCGCAUGGGCCGACGCCGGCACCCUCGCCCCUCUCACAGGCUGUUUCGUCAGUUCUAUGUUCUGUGUGCCCCUCUACGUUCAGGUCUUUGGUCUCUCUGCCUUCGAGGCCUCCCUUCGACUUAUCCCUUUAGCAGUUGCCUUCGGGGCCUGUUCUGGAGCUGCUGGCUAUCUUGUUGUUUGCUUACGACGAUACUAUCAUCUGAACAUUCUUCUGUUAUCCAUUGCUACAGUCGGCUACGGUCUCCUCUGCUCACUGGGUCCAGCAUCGUCUUCUUGGAAACCGUACCUGUUCCUUGGCAUCAUUGGUAUUGGCGUUGGAGGAACUUACGUUACAAAUAUUAUGGGGAUUCUAAUGUCCGUGUCGGAGGAAAACUUGGCAACAGUUCAGAGCGCUUCUUGGGCAGUUUGA